UCCCUGCAUGAGGUGCUUUUUGCUGUGGCGAUGUCGGGUUUUGUGGACGGAUAUCGCUUCCACUGGAGGAGAACGUGCUGAAACUUCCUCGCACCUCCUCUUUCAUCUGUCACGAACCUGCUGCUAACUGCUGUCGUUGUUCGUGGCUUUAAAUGUCCUCUGCCAUGGCGAAGCGUGAGGCUGGGAGCACCAGCCCUGUGGUCCGUCAGAUAGACAAGCAGUUUCUGGUCUGCAGCAUUUGCCUGGAUCACUACCGCAACCCCAAGGUCCUGCCCUGCCUGCACACCUUCUGUGAAAGUUGUCUCCAGAACUACAUUCCCCCAGAGUCUCUGACGCUCUCGUGUCCAGUGUGUCGGCAGACGUCUAUCUUGCCGGAGAAAGGAGUUUGUGCUCUACAGAACAACUUCUUCAUCACUAAUCUCAUGGAGGUCCUUCAACGAGACCCAGAGUGCUCGCGGCCGGAGGCCUGCAGUGUCCUGGAGUCAGUCAGCGCCGCAGUUGCAGGAAAACCCCUCUGCUGCCCAAACCAUGAGGGGAAGGUGAUGGAGUUCUACUGCGAAUCAUGUGAGACGGCCAUGUGUCUGGACUGUACAGAGGGGGAGCACCGGGAGCAUGUGACUGUUCCUCUGCGGGACGUCGUGGAACAGCACAAGGCUGCGCUGAAGACACAGCUGGACGCAAUACACAGCAGGCUCCCUCAGCUGACAGCAGCCAUCGAGCUGGUGAGUGAGAUCUCUCGUCAGCUGAAUGACAGGAAGAAUGAGGCAGUGGCAGAGAUUACCAGCACGUUCGAAGAGCUGGAGCGGGCGCUGCAUCAGCGCAAGUCGGCCCUCAUCACAGACCUGGAGAGCAUCUGCAGCGCCAAGCAGAAGGUCCUGCAGGCCCAGCUCUCAUCUCUCCUUCAGGGGAAGGAACACAUCCAGAGCAGCUGCAGCUUUACAGAGCAGGCUCUCAGCCACGGGAGUGCUACUGAGGUGCUGCUGGUUCAGAAGCAGAUGAGUGAGCGGGUAACAGCGCUGGCCCGACACGACUUUCCCGAGAGACCACAUCAGAAUGCACACCUGGACUGCCAGGUGGAGACUGAAGGUCUGCGACGCUCCAUCCAAAACCUGGGUGUUCUCCUCACCACAGCAGCUGUAGCUCACACCUCCGUUGCCACAGGAGAGGGCCUCCGCCACGCAGCAACCGGGCAGCACCACACCGUUACUGUGACAACAAAAGAUAAGGAUGGCGAGCUGGUGCGGACAGGAAACGCUGUUUUAAAAGCAGAGAUAACGUCCGUUGAUGGGAGCCGCGCUGCAGAGACAGAGGUAACGGACAAUAAGAACGGAACAUAUGAGGUGGGCUACACGUUACGCUCUGAGGGAGAGUACUCCUUUGCUCUGCUGCUGUACGGCCAGCCGAUACGCAGCAGCCCGUUCCGCCUGCGGGCGGUGAAGCCCUCGGAUGUGCCACAGUCUCCGGAUGACGUGAAGAGGAGGGUGAAGUCUCCCAGCGGGACAGGGGGCCACAUACGGCAGAAAGCGGUGCGGCGGCCUUCCAGCAUGUACAGCACCACCAAGAAAAAGGAGAACCCCAUUGAAGAUGAGCUCAUCUACAGAGUGGGGUCCCGGGGCAGAGAGAGGGGGGAGUUCACCAAUCUGCAGGGAAUCUCAGCCUCUAGUAACGGCAGAGUGGUGGUGGCUGACAGCAACAACCAGUGCAUACAGGUAUUCUCCAAUGAUGGCCAGUUCAAGAUGCGCUUUGGGGUCAGAGGUCGGUCUCCGGGGCAGCUGCAAAGACCGACAGGCGUCACUGUGGACAUGAACGGUGACAUUGUUGUGGCUGACUAUGACAAUCGUUGGGUCAGCAUCUUCUCCUCUGAUGGCAAGUUUAAGAAUAAGAUCGGCGCAGGCCGGCUCAUGGGUCCUAAAGGUGUGGCUGUGGAUAAGAAUGGACACAUCAUCACCGUGGACAACAAGGCCUGCUGUGUCUUCAUCUUUCAGUCCAAUGGGAAGCUUGUGACUAAGUUUGGAGGCAGGGGGACGUCGGAGAGACAGUUUGCAGAAAAACUUGGCCCAAACUUAAAUAAAUCUGGCUCAGUUUUCAGUCCACACUUUGUUGCAGUUAACAACAAGAAUGAAAUAAUUGUGACCGAUUUUCACAAUCACUCUGUGAAGGUGUACAGUGCAGAUGGAGAGUUCUUGUUCAAAUUUGGCUCUCACGGUGAAGGCAAUGGUCAGUUCAAUGCUCCCACUGGUGUAGCUGUGGACUCCAAUGGUAACAUCAUUGUUGCCGACUGGGGUAACAGCAGAAUACAGGUGUUUGACAGCACAGGCUCCUUCUUAUCCUACAUCAACACCUCAGCAGACCCACUGUAUGGCCCCCAGGGCCUCGCCCUCACCUCAGAUGGACAUGUGGCUGUCGCUGACUCCGGCAACCACUGCUUUAAGGUUUACAGAUAUCUGCAGUAAGCUGAGGGAAGACACAUGUCCUGUUCAGACAAGUUAAUGUCACAUAUCGCUUGUGGACAUAGAGCUGCAAUGUGCCUGCACACUUUACAGUGACCCCAAACAUUAAUUUCCUUUUUGUUUUGACUGUAAGAUCUAAUAUUCAGAGCAGACAACAUAUAAAUCUGAAAAAAAUGUCAGAUAAAAAACAACUCAAACCCCAAAAGUGUAAUUAAAAUGUUUUUGAAAAACAGAACAAGCCAAUUAUCCAAAAACUAAAGUAACAUUGUUUCUCUCUUUCUGAAAAAAGAUCUCAAAAGACUAUCUUGUUUUAAUAAAAGUUUAAAAUAAAUAAAAAUGUAACCGCAGCUAAGAAACAAAACCUGUGAUCAGAUAUUUCCCUAUCUGAUCACACAUGGUUUGUCUACCUGAAACUGUAGAAGGGGAAAAUGAACUGGAGAUUAGCCUGUGGAAUAAGGCGUUUCAGCUCUGUGUCUUCAAAGUGCGACCUCACCAGUAGACAGCCUGACAAAUCUAAAGUCGGUGAUACACUGCAAUUUUUUGGGCAACAAUCCCAGCAAACCAACCAGCAAACAGAGUGAGACAGGGAAGCAGGGAGGAGUCAACCACACUGUUUCCCCCCCCCUCGAGGAGAAGACGACGCUUUGUGACUGAAGUACAGUAACAAUGCUCAGGCUUUUUCUUGAACACUGUUGCAUGUCAGUGUGCUCCAAAAAAUUCCCCUGUGGUCACUGCCUUAUGAUUCCUCAUCAGUAAACACAACAGAACACAUACACACAGACAGGAAUGUGUUGUUUCAAAAUAAAUGAUUUCUUAUUCUCAUUCUGCACCUUAUCACUCUGACUAAAUCCCUGCACAUGAAUAUAAUAAUUUUUUGUUAACAAUAUGCAAAUUUUUUUUGGUUUUUGUACCCAAAGACAAGCAAAAAGAAGCACAACAGUUAAUAGGAUGAAAAGGUUUUUGAACCAGCUCAAAUCUUAACAUCAAGUCUAACUAGUCUUUCUCUUCUAUUUACUCAAACUUCUUCUGUCUGAUCCCACUAGUUCUUGCACUUUUGUGUAUUCAUAUCUACAACCUGAUAUAGUUGUAUAUAUGCAUAUUUAGAUGUGUGUGUAUAUAUAUAUAUAUAUAUAUAUAUAUACACACAUAUGGAUUUGGUGUCCAUGUUAUUUCACUAUAUAGCCUACUUAUUCCAGCACCUACUGAAUCAAGAAUUUCAACACUGGAGUAUAUACUAAUACAGUAGUAGAAGGUCAUGCCAAGUAGUAGCCAACUGAAUGACAUCAAUGGAACAAUGUUGUAUACACAUUAUUUGCUGUAUUUUAUUUUUGCAAAGGAUUUAAUUUAUUUUUAAUUUUCUUUUCUACAUAAUUUGUUCUACAAAUUAUUUUUCUAAUUGGUGCGUUUGAACUGUCUCCUCUUUGCCAAACAUCAUUGUACAUAGGUCUUGUAACUUGUAGCACUGAAAGCCGUUCUCUCUCGUUUGCCUCCUCCUCCUCCUCCUCCUCAAUGAGCUCACAUCCAGUUAUACACAGUAACUUCUUCUUCCCUCCGCCAAAAACGUAUUGUCGUAAGUUGUUGUUGAACAUUGCACAAAAUACAAAUAUUAUAAGAGUUAUAUAUAGUUUGCAAGAGUAAUAUAUGCCUCUGUGUAUAGUUAUCAUUUAACAUAAUCAGAAAAGUGUAGUGUAUAUUACAAUCAUAUUCUUGUUGUAGCUCACAAGCACCUUUUAUCAAGGAUUUUCCAGUGGUUGCAUUCAUUUGCUUUGUGGUUCGGUGUUUUGAAGGUUUUCUGUGUUUGCUCUUAGAGAAACACAACACCAGCUAACACGCAGUGACACUGAGAGUUUUUCCCCUGUGUUUUAUUCUUUUACUGUCUGAACCCUAUAACUGAUCUCUCUCCAUAUGAAUUUUUCACUUAUUGGAAAACUCUGUAAUGACAGAUUUAUUUGAAUUCCCUCCUCCAUUAAUUGUUCAAUUCAAUAAUCCUGUUUUUUUUUUUGUUUUUUUACUAUCUCUCACCUGUACUGGUCACUGACCUGCUCAUGUCUGUGUGAAAUAAAGGAAUAAAGGAAGAACAUAUAAAUGAAACACAACCAUCAACCAUCUUGUGUAGCCUACUGUAUACUACAAGAGGCCAGUCUUACAAGUAAUCACUAUGUAAUCAUGGCAAAGGUAUGAUUGUAAAUAUUAAAGAAUAACA